GUAGCCUACCAUAUAUCCAUCUCUAUAGGAAACAGUAAAGGCUAUGAUGUGUCAUACAAGCUGUUUCAUAAUUUCUCUAUUCAGUUGAAAAAGUUUGAUCUACGGUUGUCAGAAGCUCAUAGAACUGAAUAGAAAUAUAAAGAAGUUACAGAUUACUGAGAAAAAAUGAAAACUAGGACCUUUGGGUAUCCUGAAAAGGUCUAUCAGGACACCAGUACAGCAUUCCAAAAACUGGAACAUCUGGUGACCCUAUAGUAGGGGGAAUAUUUGGGGAAGAGUGACCAUUGCAUUAUUAGAUUUGAUGUUUUGCUACAUGGUGAAAUAAAAAAGAGAUUUAAUUUUAUUUCCUAAUUUUCAGAAAGCAACUUUAAGGCCAUGAGACAAGAUUUGUCAUUAGUGAAUUGGCAUAAGGAGUUACAAGAUAAUGUAGAACACAUUUGAGAAGUUUUUCAAAAUAAGUUGUUUUUAAUUAAAGAUAGGCAUGUUUUUCAACAGAGGAGAAGGAAAAUCAAAUCUAAUUGGUUUAAAAGACAGAACAUAGGUAAAUAUUCUUAGACAAAAAACACAGAGUUUUCCCAUACAUUCAAUCAAGGUUUCUAAAAUUCUUAUUCCAUAAUUUUUCACUGUGACUGACUAAUUGAGAAGUGUCAUAGCAGCAUAGCUCCAAAGAUAAAGCCUAAUAGUUGAUCUACAGUUCAUUUUUCCUUUCUUUGUUUUUCUUUCAUCUUUUUUUCUUUGCAGGUUUUGCCUUUUUUCCUUUUUCUUAUUUUCCAUAGCCAAAAAUUCUUCCAGAAUUUUCAAAAUCUCAAAUUUUCUCCUAUGCUUUUGGAUGCUUAUUCGAAAAACAUAAAGGAAAAUAUCAGGUAUAAUUAACAUAGAUUUUGUAAGUUUGAAUUGACAGAUAGGUUGUAAGAUCUACAUAACUAUAGAAAGGCUAGGUUUUGACUGAAAAAAGAAAUCAGGAAUUCAAAAAGUGAGAAACAGCUGGAUGAUAAUGUUAAAACUACAGCAAGGAUUUUUUUUUCAGUGUGUUAAAGACAAGCAACAUUUGAGAAUAGGGAUUGGGCCCUUAAGGGAUGCUGAUGGCAAUUUUAUUAUUAUUUAUAAUUUUAUUAUGGUUGAGCUUUAAAACAUUUUCUUCUCUUCUCUUUUUACAAGAGAAGAUAUUUAUAUUAUACCUGACACUGAGCAUUCAAUGAGAAAUAUUGGCAAUUAAAAAUAGAUGAAGCAUCAGGGUCAGACAAGAUUUUCCCAAGAGCUUUAAAGGGGGUCAAAGAUCAGAUAUGUGAGCCUACAUUUUUCAGUAGAUAAUGGGCACUGGGCAGGUGCCUGAGGAUUUAAAUGUUGCUUAUAUUACUCCUAUUUUUAAAUGGAGGUGAUAAGAGUUGCCCUGGAAACUAUAGAAGACUAGUUAAGUCUUACUUCUGUGGUGAGGGAAAUUCUAGAUAGUCUGGUAAAAGAAGCUUUCAAAGUUGGGAGAGGAUAGUUUAGCAAUGUGAUCUUAAACAGAAAUAAGAAUUGCUCAAUCCCACAAUGGAAAAUGGGGAAGUGAGGAUGUGUCCCAUGGUGUAGAGUGACUAGGGCACUACGGAGCAUACUCGGUAAGUCAACAUCCAAAACCUCAUGCUGGGUACCGACAUUCUCACAAUGGAAGGCUGAGGAUUAUAUCUUCUUUACCUCAAGUUCCAGAGUCAAGAGGGAACCUAACAUUUGUCUUCAGGAACUCGCAGGGUAGCCUAAUGCCAGGGAUCUGGGAAUGUGUCAUUCAGAAAUCCGAGAGAAGUCCAUUGCAUGCAUUCAAUCACUGUGACCAUGAAACCAGCCCGAAACAAUCCCAGGUCAGUAACAAUCUCAUCACCCGACAAGGAAAAACCCAGGACAGAAGCAGAAACAGGCCACAUAGACCUUCUGUGACCCACAACACAGAAGACAAGUCGAGAGGGAAAGAUGGACAACCCGAAACCUGUGUGAGGACCUAUGUGAUUCGUUCACUUGAUCUCCAAAACCUCACUUGCUAGGUACCGGCAUCCACAAGAGUGUAGGAGGAGGGCACCCAAUUGGAAGGGUGAACUGCAUUUGGGCAUCUCAACACAGGAAAUUAGUUACUCAUCCAGAGGAGCUUGUAACUCCCUCUACACUGGCAGAGCACCACCAUCCUACUCUGAACUGAAUGGUUAUAGCCAUCUUUGUGGAACCUAUCCAGCAGGUUGCCUCCAUGGUCAACCACCCCAGCGGCUUGGAACUGCAAUUGGACAUAGUGUCACCUUUCCAGCUGUAUUUUAACCCUGAUUUAAUAAUAAAACAUUACCAGGUAUGGAGGUUAAUGACUACAUUUCUAUUUUUUGGAUCAUUAGGAUUCAAUUUUCUCUUCAAUAUGAUUUUUACCUACCGUUACUGCCGCAUGUUGGAAGAGGGCUCAUUCCGAGGGAGAACAGCUGAUUUUCUUUUCAUGUUCAUAUUUGGAGGAACAGUCUUAAUUAUAAUUGCUCUCUUUGUUAACCUUCUUUUCUUGGGACAAGCCUUUACAAUUAUAUUGGUAUAUAUUUGGAGUCGUCGAAACCCCUACAUUCGAAUGAAUUUCUUUGGACUAAUAAAUUUUCAGGCCCCAUUUUUACCUUGGGUUCUUUUAGGAUUCUCAGUUUUGCUUGGUAAUUCAGUAAUGGUGGAUGUGAUGGGAAUAGCAGUUGGACAUCUUUAUUAUUUUCUAGAAGAUGUUUUUCCAAACCAAACUGGUGGCUUUAAGAUUCUCAAAACCCCUUAUUUUAUAAAGUAUCUAUUUGACAUAGCACCAGAUGAUCCAAACUACCAUCCCCUUCUUGAGGACCAACCAGGAGGAUUUGACUUGGGUGCUGGUGAUGUCCCUCCUCAGUAAAACAAUAAAUACAAAGCACUGUAAAUAUGUGUACAACUAGUCUUUUUUUUUUUGUUUGUUUUGAACUCAGGUGGUUCAGCACAAUUUUUUCUUUCAAAUUGUGAAAGAGCAUGGACUUUUUUUUUAGAAUAAAAGUAAAUAUAAAGUAAGUAUUUUUCAUAUUAAAUUGAAAUACUGUGGAACAUUAAUUGUUCAAAGUGUAAAAAUUAGUACCAUUUAGAAGAACUUGCCAGAAUGUAAACUUACGUAAUACAAUAUGCCCAACUUCUCUGAAGAGUUUGAAAUAAGCUAAGACAAUAGUUGUUUGUGCAGUUAUUUUUUUCUCUGUUCUGUUAGUUGUUAUGCUUACAUUGUUAUUCAUUACUAUAAAUUUCUUUUCUUUUUUAACAAGAAUGAAAUUAUAGAAAUAAAAAUUUGUUUGAGGAAUAAAAGUUUGUAACAAUUCUCUCAUUUUUACAUAUUAUAAAAACAAAUGUAUAAAAUUGUGAACCUUGUGCUCAUUGAAGGAAAGUUGUUUUAUUUUUUAGU